AUGAAGUUCCAAAACGUCCUUCCCUUCGUGGCUGCUGCCGCCGCCAUCCCCUUCAACGCGACCGAGGAGGACUCUACGUUGGAGAAGCGAGCCGUUGUCUACGGCUUCGACAUCUCUCACUACCAGAGCUCUGUCAACUUCAACGCCGCCUACAGCACUGGCGGUCUUCGAUUCGUCUACAUCAAGGCCACUGAGGGUACUACCUACCAAGAUCCUUCGUUCAGCAGCCACUACACUGGCGCUACUAACGCUGGCUUUAUUCGCGGCGGAUACCACUUCGCCAGCGGCACUGGAGAUGGCAGUGAAGAGGCAAACUUCUUCUUGAAGCACGGCGGAGGCUGGUCCGCUGACGGCCGAACCCUGCCCGGUAUGCUCGAUCUCGAGGGAUCCUGCAAGUCCGUCUCGUGGAUCCGUACUUUCUCCAACACCUACCACGCGGCUACCGGUCGCUACCCGACCUUGUACUCCAGCCCUAGUUGGUGGUCGCAGUGCACCGGCAACAGCAACGCUUUCGUCAGCACCAACGCGCUGAUGAUGGCUUGCUGGAACUCAUCGCCGUGCACUCCUCAGGGCGGAUGGCCAUACUACACGAUCUGGCAGAACAAGGACUCCAACCCGUACGGUGGAGACUCUGACCAGUUCAACGGUGGUAUGACUCAGCUCGUUGCGUACGCCAACGGCCACACUUGA